AUGGUGGCAUCAAUAGACGCAAAGACACUGACCAGCGUAAUUGAGGACACACUCAUACGUAUGAAUCUCGGACUGAACAACUGCCGUGGUCAAUGCUACGAUGGUGCGAGCAACAUGUCUGGCUCGAAAAGUGGAGUUGCUACAAAUCUCGUCCAGAAGGAACCACGUGCCGUAUAUACACACCGCUACAGACAUGCUUUAAAUCUUGCCGUUGGUGACACUGUUAAACGAUCGAAAGUUAUGAGGGAUGCAUUAGACACCGUUCAUGAAGUGUCAAAGCUGAUUAAAUAUUCACCCAAGAGAGACAGUCUGUUUGAGAAGCUGAAAAGUGAUAUGAAUCCAGACCAACCCGGAUUUAGAGUGCUAUGCCCAACACGGUGGACUGUUCGGGCCGCUAGCCUAAACAGUGUCCUUGAGAACUAUAAUGUGUUGCAGACAUUGUGGGACAGCAGUUACGAUGAUGUGAAGGAUUCGGAAACACGUGCGCGCAUCUUGGGUGUGCAGACACAAAUGAGUAACUUUGAUUUUCUCUUUGGUGUUAGCUUGGGAUUCGAGGUACUGCGACACACUGACAAUCUUAGUAAAACACUACAACACAAGGAAAUGUCCGCGGCAGAGGGCCAGAAACUCGCGAGGAUCGCUACUGAAACGCUUGAGCGCAUGAGAGAUGAGGAUAGCUACGAUAAAUUCUGGGACCAAGUGAAUGAUCAGCUCAACACUCUUGAUGUCAAUGAGCCAACUAUGCCGCGUAGACGAAAAAUGCCAAAACGAUUUGAGACUGGAUGCGCACCCAAUGAAUAUCCUGCCACAGUGAAGGACUUGUACCGUCAAAAGUAUUAUGAGGCGCUCGACCUUACUAUAAACUGCGUGCAGAGCAGGUUCGAUCAACCCGGGUACAAGACCUACAGACAUCUUGAAGACAUGUUGAUUAAAUGUGUGACUGGUGAUCUCUCUUUUGUCGAUGACAUGAACUACGUCGUAGAAUUCUACAAGGAUGACAUCGAUCAGACAUCUCUACUCACUCAGCUAAAAACCCUUCAAGUGUAUGCGGAGAGUGCAAUCAGCGACACAAAAUGUGUUUCCUUGCAACGUGUUGUUGAGCUUAUUCAAACCAUGAACCCGGUCUCAAGGAAUAUGUUCUCUGGAAUUGUGACUGUGUUAAAACUUGUGCUAGUGAUGCCAGCGACGAAUGCGACUAGUGAACGUACCUUCUCGGCUCUACGUAGAGUUAAGACUUAUUUGCGUACCAGUAUGACACAGAAAAGGUUAAACCAUCUCAUGACACUCUAUGUGCAUAGGGAGAUGACAGACAAAAUUGACAUGAUGGAAGUGGCAAAUGAAUUUGUUUGUGGAAAUGAAACACGCAAAAGUACAUUUGGAAAGUUUGUUUAA